AUGUUUUAUGCUGAAGCUACAUCAUCUACAGCAACAACAGAGAAGACCCCACCUUAUAUACCAGAAAGCACAGAAACAAUAUUUUCAUCUACUCCAACUACAGCCAAUGCUGUAACAGCAACCACUUCUUCAUCAACCCCAUUUGAACCUAUGACCACACCUUAUAAACCAGAAAGCACAGAAACAAUAACUUCAUUUACUCAAACUACAAAAAAUGUUGCAACAGCAACCACUUCUUCAUCAACCAAAUUAUUCCCUGUAGAGACAACUUCUUCAAUAAUCGAACAAACAACACAUUUAGUCACAUCUCCAACUACAGCUGCAGCUACAUCAUCCACAGCAACAACAGGGAAGACCACACCUUAUGAACCAAAAAGCACAGAAACAAUAACUUCAUCUACUACAACUAUAGAAAAUGUUGCAACAGCAACCACUUCUUCAUCAACCCCAUUUGAACCUUUAGAAACAACACCUACAUUAUAUGACCAAACAAGAGUUUUAGCCACUUCUUCAUCUACAGCUGAAGCUACAUCAACUACAGCAACAACAGAGAUGACCACACCUUAUAAACAAGAGAACACAGAAACAAUUUUUGAAUCUACUCCAACAACAAAAAAUGUUGCAACAGAAACCACUUCUUCAUCAACAAUAUUUUUACCUGUAGAAACAACUCCUUCAAUGUUUAAACAAACAACACAUUUAGUAACUUCUUCAACAACAGCUGAAUCUACAUCAUCUACACCAACAACAGAGAAGACCACACCUUAUAAAUCAGAAGGCACAGAAACAAUACUUUCAUUUCCUUCAACAACAGAAAUUGUUGCAACUGCAACCACUACUUCAUCAACCGCAUUUGAACUGGUAGAAACAACACCUACAAGAUUUGAACAAUCAACACAUUUAAUCACUUCUUCAACUACAGCCGAAGCUACACCAUCUACAGCAACAACAGAGAUUACCACACCUUAUAAACCAGAAACCACAGAAGAAAAACUUUCAUCUACUCCAACUACAGAUAAUGUUGCAACAGCAACCACUUCUUCAUCGACCAUAUUUGUACCUACCAGAAAAUGUUGCAGCAGCAACCUCUACUUCAUCAACCACAUUCAAACUGCAACAACAGAGAAGACCCAACCGUUUAAACCAGAAAGCACAGAAACAAUAACUUCAUCUUCUCCAGCAACAGAAAAUGUUGCAUCAGCAAUCACUUCUUCAUUAACCCCAUUUGAACCUGUAGAAACAACUCCUUCAAUGUUUAAACAAAAAACACAUUUAGUCACUUCUUCAACUACAGCUGAAGCUACAUCAACUACAGCAACAACAGAGAUGACCACACCUUAUAAACAAGAAAGCACAGAAAAAUUACUCUCAUUUACCAUAACACCAGAAAAUGUUGCACCAACAACCAGUUCUUCAUUAACAAUUUUUGUACCAGUAGAAACAACACCUUCAACAUUUGAACAAACAACACUAGUAGUCACUUCUUCAAAAACAGCUGAAGCUACAUCAUCUACAGCAACCAAAGAGAAGACAACACCUUAUAAACCAGAAAGCACAGAAAUAAUUCUUUCAUCUACUCCAAGACCAGAAAAUGUUGCAGCAGCAACCUCUACUUCAUCAACCACAUUCAAACUGGUAGAAACAACACCUACAACGUUUGACCAAAUGACACUAGUAGUCACUUCUUCAAAAAUAGCUGAAGCUACAUCAUCUACAGCAACCAAAGUGAAGACCACACCUUCUAAACCAGAAAGCACAGAAACAAUACUUUCAUCUACUUCAACAACAGAAAAUGUUGCUACAGCAACAACUUCUUCAUCAACCACAUUUUUACCUGUAGAAACAACACCAACAAUAUAUGACCAAACAACAGUUUUAGCCACUUCUUCAACUACAGCUAAAGCUACAUCAACUACAGCAACAACAGAAAUGACCACACCUUAUAAACAAGAAAGCACAGAAACAAUUUUUGCAUCUACUCCAACAACAGAAAAUGUUGCAACAGCAACCACUUCUUCAUCAACAAUAUUUUUACCUGUAGAAACAACUUCUUCAAUGUUUAAACAAACAACACAUUUAGUCACAUCUUCAACUACACCUGAAGCAACAUCAACUACAGCAACAACAGGGAUGACCACAUCUUAUAAACCUAAAAGCACAGAAAACAUAACUUCCUCUACUACAACUCCAGAAAAUGUUGCAACAGCAACCUCUUCUUCAUUAACCCCAUUUGAACCUGUAGAAACAACACCUACAAUAUAUGACCAAACAACAGUUUUAGACACUUCUUCAACUACAGCUGAAGCUACAUUAUCUACACCAACAACAGGGAAGACCACACCUUAUAAAUCAGAAGGCACAGAAACAAUACUUUCAUCUACUUCAACAACAGACAUUGUUGCAACUGUAACCACUACUUCAUCAACCGCAUUUGAACUGACCAGAAAAUGUUGCAGCAGCAACCUCUACUUCAUCAACCACAUUCAAACUGGUAGAAACAACACCUACAACGUUUGA